GCAGCUUGUGGAUUUUCAAUAUAUAACCCUAGUCUGUACCUAUAGUCUGUACCUAGGUUUGUGCAAAGUGUGACAGAAUGGCACUUGCUCAUGUCUUGAUCCUACUUUUAGCGGUACUCACCGUUCCUGAUACGUUUGCCACGGUAAAACGUGCUCGCCAGGCUGACAACAGCGAGCUAUGGACAUGGCUAACAACUACAGCAGUUACUACAACUAUACCAACUCCGACCCCCGGUUGUGUCAGCUCGUACGACGGGCAGAUGUAUGGGCAAGGUUCUACCAUGCCCACAGGAGGAGACGGGUGUAGGGAGUGUACGUGUGACGAUUUUUGGUCCAGUACUGUCCAGGAGAACUGUCGCUGCAUAUGUUGGUGUUAUUGCUCACCGUGUGUUGAUGAGGUUUCUAACGGGUGCUGCCCUACUUGCCCAAACGGUCCGAACUGUAACGCGAUGGGGACGGUGAUUCCGGCGGGUAUGGACGUGCAGGUGGACGGUUACACCUGCCGAUGUCCCCACGCAUCGGCAUUUCCAGCCCCUUGGCAAUUAGGCAAGCGGUCGGUCCUGGCUGGGAGAGGCUCCAGGGCCAAUAGCUGUGAUCCAGGCAGGGAGGCUGUCUGUCAGCCCAUCAUAACAUGAUGAUGAAUAAAAAGAU